AUGACCACUCUAUUUUCAGUAAUUCUUUCUGCAGCACAAAAACAUGAUAUUUGUCAAGCAAAAAAAAUAAAUUCAAAUAUUAAAAAUAUAGAUCUUGCAAGUAAGUAUCAGGUUGAAAAGUCAACAAUAACAGAUAUUCUGAAGGAAAAAGAAUUACAAUUGAAAAGGAAGAAAGCUCUUGAACUUUGGAUAGAUAAUGCAUUUAAUAGUAGUCAAGAUAUUGAUGGUCAUAUUCUUAAGAACAAAGCAAAGUUUUUUGCAGACCAUUUUCUUAUUGAUGAUUUUUACUAUUCUGAUAGUUGGCUUACUAGUUUUAAAAAAUGUCACAGGCUUUGCCAAUUUAAAAAAGAGAGUGAAUCAGCAAGUGCCCCUCCUAUAGAACAAAUAGAAAAUGACCAACUUGCCUUAUAA